AUGGUCAGCCAGGUGGAGUGUGGCAGCUUUGGCCUCCUGAUCCUCACCUUUUUCCUGAGUUUUGUGUUCCUCUAUUUCUGGAGUGAAGCCCAGAACGACUACAAUGACUUUGACUGGUUUAACUUUGGGAAUCUUGGGUUCUGGUUCCCCUGGUCUCUGGUCCUGCUGAUUGUUGCUGCGGCUCUCUUCACAUACAUCGCUCUGCUAUUGGUGCUGGCGGUGUGUUUGCUUUCUGAGGGCCAGAGGUUGUACCUUCACUGGAGCCACAAGUCUGGUAUUGUGGUGACGCUGGGUUCUCCGUCACAGCCACCGCCAUCCUCUCUGACCUCUGGAGCAAAGAAUGGAAGACUCUCCUCCUCUCUCUGCAGGUGA